UAUGCGAAAGAAAACUAUUUAAAUAAACGAUUAAAAAAUUUUCAGUGUUAUAAUCAUAACAGUUCCAUUUUAUAUGAAAAAAUAGAAGAAAGUAUCGAACCUUUACCUGAUAUUCUUGAAGGACUGCCUCAGCCAACGUCUGGAGAGAAUAUAUUUUUUGUUGAAACAAGUUGUCCUUCUGUUAACAUGUAUGAACCGAACCUCAUCAAUCUGACUACUCGUCAAAUAUGUGCUAUAGAAUCAGCUGCAAUACAUAAUCCAAAAUCGAAUAUAUUUUUAGUUUAUUCAAAUCGGAGGUAUAGAAAUAAAUACGUAAGAGAACCACUUUUAGAUACUCUUCUCUUUUAUAAAAAUGUAUAUAUACGAAAUGUUAACCUGUGGUCUUUUGUUAAUGAUACACCUAUGGAGAAGUGGUUUAAGACUGGAAAACUGUUUGAAUCUCACUUUAUUACUAUACAUCUUUCUGAUUUUUUGCGUUUGCUAUUGCUUUGGCGGUAUGGUGGCACUUAUCUCGAUUUAGAUACUAUAACACUAAAAAGCUUAGAAUCCAUGCCGCAUAACUAUGCUGGCAUCCAAUCUAAAGAUAUCAUUAACCAAGCUGUGCUGAAAAUUUCAAGUAAUGGUGAUGGUCAUAAGCUUGCAGAGCAAUUUCUACUGGAUUAUCAACAAAAGUUUAGUGCUAUUUAUUGGGCGCACAAUGGACCGAGCCUAAUUACCAGAGUUUUAAAGCGCACAUGCUGCACAGAUGAUAUUUUAAAAAUGAUAAAUAAUCCGAAAUGUUGCAAAGACUUUAAUGUUUAUCCACGUAAUGCUUUUUAUGAAAUAAAUUUUGAAGAAUUAGACUUCUUUUUCGAUGAAGCACUCCUCGAUCAAAUGUUAAACAGAACUCAGAACUCAAUUGUACUACAUUUAUGGAAUAAAUUUUCUCAGCACCGAAAGAUGAAAGUUGGUUCCAAUGUCGCUUAUGAUCUGGCAGCUCAAAUUCAUUGUCCUAGAACAUAUGCAAAAGCCGGUGAAUAUUUUUAAAAUAACUUAAAGAAUA